ACUUAAUUUUAUAAUUUCUAUUUUGCAUAAUGUCCGAUGAUAAACAUUUGCAGUUAUAUGUACAGAUAGAAUUUGAUCGAUGUCAAUCAAUUAAAGUUUCAUUUCAGUUAAACAAAUUUCUAGAUCAUAAAUAACUGAUCUAAUAAUUUUUAUCUAAUUCUUAUUACAUGUUAGUACGAGUCCAAUAUUAUUAUAUAUUUUCUAGUUUGUUUAUGUUUCUAUAAUUAAUUACAUUUAUUCAAAUUGUUAAUGCAGACGAUGAACAGUUAGUUUGAAUUUAAUACUUUAUUGCUAUUAAUUUCAAUGUGUAAAUCCGUUACAAUAACAAAUAAACAUGAGCCUGCACUGGACUUUAAUUGCUGGAUUUCUUUAUUUUGAAAUUGUAGUAGUUUUAUUAUUAGUAUUACCAAUUAUUUCACCUAAAAGAUGGCAGAAGCUUUUUAAAUCUAAAUUUCUAAAAAGUUUAAGUAGUCAAGCAUCAGUUUACUUCUUAUUUUUACUUGGAAUAUUGGUUUUGUUUCUAUUGGACGCUAUUAGAGAAAUGCGAAAAUAUUCUACAGUUACCGAACAUAAAGAAUAUCAUUUGAAUGCUGAAAUGCAAGGCAAUAUGAGAUUAUUCAGAGCGGAACGAAACUUUUACAUAGCUGGUUUCGCACUGUUUUUAAGUCUUGUUAUACAUCGACUUGUGAUUUUAAUCUCUACUCAAGCCACUCUGUUGGCACAAAAUGAAGCAGCUAUGCGUCAGGCUGAAUCUGCUACUACAACAGCGAAACAUUUAUUGUCGCAAAAAACAAUCGGAGAGAUUGCACAAAAUGACUCAAACGAAGCUCACGACGAAGAAAUAACAGAAUGGAAGAAUCAAGUUAAGGAGCUGCAAACGAAAAAUCAAGAAUUGGAACAUCAGCUCACAAAAGAAAAGAAAGAUAAAGAAGCAAUAAAAUCACAAGCUGAAUCUCUUACCAAGGAGUAUGACCGCUUAAACGACGAACAUAGCAAAUGCCUUUGUUCAAGCGUGAAGAAUUGAGUUAAAGUUUCAACACUUGCUCGAGGCUGACGAUCAAAUGGAUGUUAUACCAUAGCAUAUGCAUUUGGAGACUUCCUAUCCAUCGGUCCACGGUAACACGCCAGCAUCUUUGCAACCAGUUGAUUCGUUCUAUUCAACCUACAUAUAUGUACAUGUAAUGCAAACAACUAUAGGUGUAAUCGAUUAAUUUUAUUUUCUGUUUUCAAUAACAGAAGUUGACCAGUAUGUAUCAACCAUGAAGAAAGAUAUUGUUUAUUUGCGACGACAUGUCGUAUGUACGAGUAUAUAUUUAAGUAUCAUCGAAAAUAGUAAAUUGCUAUUUUACUUUUAAACGAUUUAUAGCGACUAAUCGGAGUGUGUGAACGAUGCAAUCGUAAAAUGCACUAUUAACAAAGUAAAAUACCAUAAUAACAUUACUAUACUAAUAGAAUUAAUAAAAAGUUUUCAAAAGCAUGUAUCCAUCUAAUAAACAAAUCUAAUGUAAUAGACAAAGGAAA